AAAAACAUCACACUCCACAAUGGCCACCUCCGAGCCCAUCCUCCCCCAGGAGGGCAAGCGCAACAUCCUCAUUACUAGCGCCCUGCCAUAUGUUAACAACAUUCCUCACUUGGGCAACAUCAUUGGCUCCGUCCUCUCCGCCGACGUCUUUUCCCGCUUCUGCAAGGCCCGCGGUCACCCGACUCUCUACAUUUGCGGCUCCGACGAGUACGGCACUGCCACCGAGACCAAGGCCAUCGACGAGGGCCUGACUCCCCAGGAGCUCUGCGACAAGUACCACCAGAUCCACAGCGAUGUCUACAAGUGGUUCAACAUCGGCUUCGACAAGUUCGGCCGCACCCCCACUCAGCAGCAGACGGAUAUCGCGCAGGACAUUUUCACCAAGCUCUACAAGAACGGCUACCUAGAGGAGCAGACCACCGUCCAGCCAUACUGCGAGAAGCACAACUCCUUCCUUGCCGACCGUUUCGUCGAGGGCGAGUGCAGCAUAUGCCACGACCCGGGCGCGAGAGGCGACCAGUGCGACAAGUGCGGCAACCUUCUGGAUCCGCUGGAGCCAGAGCCGGAGGCUGCCGCCGCUGGGUCGGACGAGGCUGAGGCGCACGGCGAGGUGAAGGCCACUGGCUUCCUCAUCAACCCCCGCUGCAAGCUGGACGGCGCCGCCCCGGUGAAGAGAGAGACUAAGCACAUAUACUUGCGCUUGGACGCGCUGAAACCGGAGAUUGUGGAGUGGUUUGAGAAGGCGAGCAAGGAGGGAGCCUGGUCGUCGAACUGCAUCCAGAUCACGCAGUCGUGGAUCGACAAGGGUCUCAAGCCCCGCGGCAUCACCCGUGAUCUGAAGUGGGGUACGGCUGUCCCUCUUCCUGGCUAUGAGGACAAGGUCAUGUAUGUCUGGUUCGAUGCCUGCAUUGGCUACGUCUCCAUCACGGCGACGUACACCGAUGAGUGGGAGAAGUGGUGGAGGAACCCCGACAACGUCAAGCUCUACCAGUUCAUGGGCAAGGAUAACGUUCAGUUCCACACCAUCAUUUUCCCAGGCUCGCAGCUCGGCACCAAGGAUAAGUGGACUAAGAUCCACCAUCUGUCCACCACCGAAUACCUCAACUACGAGAACACCAAGUUCUCCAAGUCUAAGGGCAUCGGUGUCUUUGGUAACAACGCUAAGGAUACCGGCAUUCCCUCGGACGUCUGGCGUUACUAUCUGCUCUCUAGGAGACCGGAGACUAGCGACGCCGAGUUCAAGUGGAACGAGUUCAUUGACGCCAACAACAAUGACCUGUUGAAGAACCUGGGCAACUUCGUCAACCGCGUCAUCAAGUUUGUGGCGGCCAAGUACGAUUCUGUUGUUCCCGACUACACCAAGUACACGGAUGACUACCUUGAGAACCACAAGAAGGAGACCAACGAACUUCUGAAGACCUAUAUCAAGGAUUUGGAGGCAGUCAAGCUCAGGGCUGGUCUCACGACGGCGCUGCACAUUUCGUCUCAGGGCAACAAGCUCCUCCAGGACAACAAGCUCGACAACAGGCUGUUCGCCGAGGAGCCUGACCGUUGCGCUGCUGUUGUCAGCAUGGCGCUUGAGCACAUUCGCCUUCUUGCGAGCGUCAUCGAGCCCUACAUGCCCGCCACCGCCAAGGGCUACACCAACGACAAGGGCGAGUUUGUUGCGGGCAUGUUCCAGCAGCUCAACGUCGAGCCCGUUCCUUUCAUUCCCGAGGACUGGACCGCGAAGUCGAUCCAGCCCGGCCACAAGAUUGGCAAGGCCGGCUACCUGUUCAGCCAGAUCAAGCCGGAGAAGGAGCAGGAGUGGAGAGAGCUGUACGGUGGCGAGGAGGCCAAGCGCCAGAAGGCUCUGGAGGCGGAGAAGAAGGCGGCUAAGAAGGCGGCCAAGGACGCUGACAAGGCCAAGAAGAAGGCCAAGAAGGAGGCUGCCAAGGGCGCGGCGGGCGUCGAGGCGGCCGAGAAGAAGCAGGAGGCGGACCCUGCGAUAGAGAAGGUCACGGAGGCCAUGGAGAAGGCGGAUGUGCAUACUUCAUAGACGAGC